ACCUGAAUCUAGGAUUUGCUUACCCUUCAGCAUCCAGUUCACGGAGAGAACUCAGAAUCUGACAACAGUGUCAGCAAAAACCCCACAACUCCCGUCAUGGACCUCAACACACCGAGCUCAAUCCCUCAACCUGAACAUCCAACAACAGCUUCUCCCCCAACCUCUUCGCCUCCACAUCAUCAUUCAUCGCCAUCCCUUUCCACAGCUCCUCCUCUUCCCCACAGCCUCUCUUCCCCCGUCCACUAAAACCCCACUCCAAUGGCCCCAGCAACACCCAUCCACGCCCUCAGCGCGCUCGAAUCCCAAAUCAACGUGCUCGCCAACGGGAGGCCUCGGAAACCGCCCGUGCGCCUGCACGACUGCGCGUUGAAAGAGUUGGUGCAGUACAAGUGCAACGUCGAGGUGUCGGAGAAGACCGGGAAGCCGAAUAUCGUGUGCGAGCAGGUGGUGCGGUUGUUGAGACAAUGUGAGAACGGGCUGAGCGUUGAGACGACGGCGUGGGAGGGGUGGAAGGCGAGGCAGGAGGACGGAGGGAAGAUGGGUUGAGUCUGGUUGUGGUCACAUGUAGGAUAGGAAGUAGCGAGGAUUAUGGGUAGCGUGUGAGAUGUCAUUAGAGAUCACGAUCAAUCUCAUUGCUAUUCUGUGCCGCCCGCAGGCUAUGACACACCUCUACACGAUUAUGGAACGCCUCACAUGCUC